UUUCAGCCCGGCCAGAAAAACGGGUCACCGAGGGCCCCGGUGAGCCGGACAACGGGGCUGCCCCGGGGCCGGUGCCGGGAAGAACCUCCCGCUCCUCCUGGCAGCCUUCCGGCAGCUUUCCGUUGGGAAACAAGCGUUCGCUUUGUUCUUUCACAAGAACUAAAAAAACGGGGGAAAUCCCGAAUUUCAGCAGUGGUGCAACGGUUCCUGUAACUCCGUUUUGGCGCUGGCAGGCACAAGCCCCGCUCCGCCCCAGGGGUUUGCUCACCCUUGGCUGACUGCUGCCCUUCGGAUCCACCCCUCUGCCCCAGCCGAGGCCAAGAGCGUUCCCGUGGGCUCGGCACCGCUCCAGCGGGGGCGGCGGAGGACGGAGCACGGAGCUAUAAAUCCGACAGCGCCGGCUCCGCUCCCCAUCCCACGGGGGAAGCCAGAGGAGCUGAGGCGAGAUGGAGACCGUGGGGCUGAGCCUGGGGAUGGUCCUGCUGUGCUUGCUGCGUGUGCAGGCUGGGGAGCUGGGAACCGCGGAGCCGGACGAGAGCAAGAUUGCAGGGACGUGGUACAUCACUGCUAUGGCCUCUGACUCCGAGAGCUAUCUCCAAAAUAAGGACCACCUGAAGAUGGCGAUGGCCAGCAUUGAGGUCCUGCAGGAUGGUGACUUGAAGGUCUCCUUUGCAAUUCCCACCCCUGAAAGAUGCAUGAAGUUUGAAUCAAUCUACAAGCCAACAGACAGCCCGGGUGAAUACUACAGCACUGACAGAGGCAAUAAGACGGUGCGGCUGGUGGACACCGACGGCAGUUCCUACAUGGUUGUCUUUGCCACCAGAGAGAAAGACGGGAAGACCUUGCACAUGCUGAGACUUUACAGCAGAACCCAGUGGGUGAGACCCAAAAUCAAGUUGCUGUUCAGGAGACUUGCCAAGCUGAAUGGCUUCACCGACAAGACAAUCUGGAUUUUGCCCAGGCAGGAGGAUUGCAGACUUGGUGAACCGUAGAAAGUGCAGACUGGCUUGUGGAUGCUCCUGCCAAGCAACGCAAAACCCAUGCUCUGAAGCUCCAGACUCCUGCUCCACCAUCCUUCUUCUAAGCUCUGUUGUCAGGACUCUGACACAGUCCCUGCUUUCUGCCAAAUAAACGGAAAUCCUCCCCAA